GUGAAUUCGUGGUUGUCUUGAACACCGGGGUAUUACUUCAACCGGGGGAGGAUGGAAUGAGGUUUUCUUGAGGCUCCAACCCCUCCGUGUACACCUUUGCACAAUUGAGUAUCUGACACCUCACCUAAAACACUAACCCGGGCCGAAUUCAGCCCUUAUAGAUAUAAAAUGAGCAAAAAUUUCCAGACAAAUUCAUACAAGAUUUGUACCCUAUAUUAUGGCUGCCAUCCAUCCAGUGCCCAACAACAUGCCGACCCCACACUCCAAAGCCCACCGGAAGAUCACCUUCAACAUCUCGAAUCAGUUCCUGGUCCAGCGAAUUAUUGGUGAGGGAGCUUACGGGAUUGUGUGCUUGGCCAAUUACAAGCCCACAAAUACAAAAGUAGCCAUUAAGAAAGUGGAGCCCUUCGAACGACACUUGUUCUGCCUUCGAACCCUUCGCGAGAUUAUGCUUUUGAAAAAGUUUAGAAAACACGAAAAUAUCGUGUCACUAUACGACAUACAAAAACCUCAGUCGUACCAACAAUUUACCGAGGUCUAUCUCGUUCAAGAGUAUAUGCAAACAGAUAUGCACCAGGCUAUCCAAACGCAAACCCUCACGGACGACCAUAUCCAGUACUUUAUCUACCAAAGCUUGCGGGGCUUGAAGUACAUCCACUCGGCUGGAGUCAUUCACAGAGACUUAAAGCCAUCCAAUUUGCUAUUGAACUCUAAUUGUGAUCUAAAGAUCUGUGACUUUGGCUUGGCCAGGUUCGAGCAGAGCCUGCAUCAGCAGGACCCCGAUGAGAGGAUCAACAUGAUGACCGAAUAUGUGGCCACAAGGUGGUACCGUGCCCCCGAGAUUAUGUUAUCCUCAUCACAGUACACCACCGCGAUUGAUAUCUGGUCCAUGGGCUGCAUCUUGGCGGAAUUAUUCAUGGCCGCGCCGCUUUUCCCGGGUAAAGACUACCGACAUCAGUUGUUGCUCAUCUUUGAGUUAUUGGGAACGCCCAGUAGUGACGAUAUGUUGAGUGUAAGGUCUAAGCGGGCGAGGGAGUAUAUUAGAACCUUGCCACAGUUUCCCAGGGUGAACUUGCGCGCCAAGUUUAGUUUUGCAAAUCCGUUGGGGUUGGAUUUGUUGGAGAAGUUGCUCAUCUUUGACCCGACGAAACGAAUUAAGGUGACAGAGGCUCUAGAACACCCCUAUUUGGCCGCCUACCAUGACUCCAAUGACGAACCUACCUGUGAGGUUGCUGACCAGGCCCAAUUUCUGUUUGAUAACCACAAGGACCAAUUGACAUGCUACGAGUUGAAACAGAUGCUCUACAAAGAGGUGCUCAGCUACCGGUUUCAUUAGAAUGCGUAAUGGCCAAUUCAAAGCCUAUAAACAUAUAGUAUAAUUCUAGACUUG